GGGUAAACACUUGGAGCUCAGAGACUUUGGCGCAGGCUGUGAAAGCCCCCUGGUUGGAAAACAGAAAAGUGUAUUGUAGCUUUAAGUUAGCUCCAACUUACUUCCAGUGUAAUAAUGCGGGCCUGCUGCUGGGGUCUGUCGGGGUUUAUUUUAACUGUCUGGCUGGACUUGAACUCCUGCAGGACAGCAAGCCUGUUGCAGGCUUGAAUAGAACCCUGGCCAGUAAAUACACAAAUAGGACAAAUGCUGUAGUUUAGGAACGUUAGCUUUAGCUGUGACGAUCUAAUGCACUGGUCACGUUGUGUAUAUCCCAUCACAGCAAUGGACCGCCUCAGAUUCUUCAACUGGUUAAAACUUACCUUGAAAUUAGGGAUUCUGUUGUGAACAGGCCUGGGGAAGUUAGCCAGAUUCUUGUCUUCGAUGUAGUCCCAAACUUUUUGACGAAUAUCCCAUUUUGUUGCUCCUGUUGUGAGAGUGGCAUUUGCUAAAUGAUUACGACAGUAAUGGCGUCGAGAUCCGUUCGUUCGUUGAACUUACCUGGACUGAUUUUUAUAAGAGGCUCCAUGGCGUUGUGUCACAGAAACAAUUAUUCGGCUUAUCUUUCGUAGGGAGAACUUACAUGUGCGAUAUGAUAUGCAAGUAACGUAACACGACAGGGACAGCUGCGUGACAAUGUUUAUUCUCUCUACGGCGAGCCAGGAGGGUCAAACGUACCGUAUCAAAAAGCGAAGUAAAAAAAGAUGCAGUAGAGUAAAGUAAUGCGUUUAGGUUUCAACUUCAGCGCAAAACCACAUAUAUUACGUCAUUCUCCAGUGUAAAGGAAACAUGGUUUGUUUCAAGUAAACCGUAUGACAACAGUUACCUUACACUGUAUCUGGAACUCUGGCGUUGUCCAUAUAUGGUCACUGAAUUUUCUAGACGCCGAAAUCGAGAAGCCUUACGACAUUUCUAGCAAUUUACGAGACUAUAUUGGUGAUAUUUACUAUGAGUAUCUUUUUAAACAUUUCUAUCGAUUUAGUUAUGCUUCUCGAAGUAGACAGCCAACAAAUGACAUAUACGUGCCAAUUUUGAGGGUUUAUUCACAAUAGUUGCCAAAUAUUAGCAAAGUGGUCUGAAACAAGCACAACAUAUCCUACCAAAAGUGAAGGGGAAAAAUCUGACCAUUGUUAUUUUAUAAGCUCCGCCUUUUAUAGCAUGUGACUAAAUUACCGUAUGUAAUCAAACAAACGUGCAAAGAAAUUUACAUACGGGCCGGCAACUACUAAAUUACACACACAGCAGCGUUGAUUAUUUUCCAUGCCCAGAUGUUAAGAUAGCUGCAAAAAUGAAGCGUAAAAAACAGGAAAGGAGACCCCCCCUUCGCUCCUCUGUGGUGGAUCGACUGUGUGAGGCUCUGAUGGACAAGCCUGGCAGGUGGACCGAGCGAGCCACAUCACCUGUUUGGGAAAUCUGUGAAGAGGAGAAAAAGAAGUCAUCAGGGAGCUGAUAUCUUGCUCUUGCUUACCUACCCAUCCCCUCUUCCUUGCACACACCCACACGCUUGCCUCUCCCUUCUUCCCUCCCCGCUUGUCUCCUCCACUCUUGGAUGCUGGGUGGUGAACAGCAGGACUCUCUUGGUUGAGCCACAUGGAGGCACAGGGAGGGGCUCCCAGCCCAGAGCCUAAUAAAGACAUCCAGAAGCUGCUAAAGCCCUCCAGCUCAGGUGACCUUUCUCAGGAGCUGUUCCAGCAGCAUGCCGCAGGCGAGGAAGAAGAGGAGGAAGGUGGUCUGGCAGGACACACCGCCAGUCUUCUGCACAUCUCUGAAAAGAGACAACCUCUGAGCAGUGUAUCAUCAUUAGAAGUCCACUUUGACCUCCUAGACCUCACCGAGCUGACUGACAUGUCAGACCAAGAGCUGGCUGAAGUCUUUGUUGACUCUGAUGAGGAGAACCACAAUGAAUGUCCACCAGGUUCCCAGCAGGCAGUGCUGGCCAAAGGAGGUUACAUGCGCUCCCCCUCGUGGACACGCUGCAGCAAGGUGGAGCACCCCAGGGAGAGGAAGCACCACAGCGACUCAGACACCGCAGAGCCCUUAAUGAAGCUGGAAAGGCCAAAACAACCUUAACAUGUGGUGUGUGUCUGUGUGUGACGCAAGUGGAAUGAAGCUCAGAGCAGACAGCCAGCAUCGGAGUGGACCACUGACACAGUGUUGUAUGGUGCUGAUGAACAGUUGAGGAGUUCACGGUGAACUCUGAACACAUUGCUCUGUGUUCUAAGGAUAUGCGGUAAACACACACACACACACACACACACUCACUCACCUUCCUUCUCUGCUCUUAUUGCACUCUCGAUGAUUUGAAGUUCUGUUUCCUAGUGACAGACAGGCUAGUAGCACUGUUACUUUCAAAUUGCCAAAAUCAUAUGUUGUUUUCCCAUUCUUCCUAACAUGUUCAAAAAUGAUGACUGCCACUUUUUCUUCUUAUUCAAGUUGGUUUUCCAAAGCCUGAAAAAUGAUGGUGGAAAGAAUUAACUGAGCUACUGUGAAUUUGCAUGAAUGCCAAACACACAAUCAAGUGCCAAUACUUGUGAAGAGACAGCCCGCUUAGAUGAUUUAUUUUUUAUUUAGUUAAUACCUGGCCCGAUAAUCAUCUGGAAUGGGGUGAGUGACUGUAAGAGGAAUAAAAUAAGAGUUGUGGAAAACUGUGCUUUGUUGAGUGAUUUGUAAUUAAGCUACGAUUCCCUUCUUAAAUUUGAAGCACAAGGAUGAGACAAAGUUAAGCAUCCACCUUGUUGUCGAUUGCUCAUUUUCCUCACAGUUGAUCAGGUCAAAUGUUCUUCUCCUUCACGGGCGACAGUAUAGCCUCAUCUGACC